AUGAAGAAGUUAAGAUUGCUCAUUAUUCGUAAUCUUGCCUUGGAAAUGAGAGAUGGCCACUCACUGAACAUUGAAUAUCUUUCUAAAGAGUUACGAUUCCUUCAGUGGCAUAAAUUUCCUGCAGAAUAUUUGCCAUCAGAUUUCCAACGAGGUGGACUUGUUGUAUUGAAGUUGUGGUGGAGCAAAAGCCUUCGUAACAACCCUAUCAAGCCUUUAAACAGUUUGAAAACCAUUGACAUAAGUCAUUCAACAAAUUUAAGAAAGUUUGAAGACUUUGGGGUGGUUCCAAAUCUAGAGCGGUUGAUUCUUGAAGGUUGUGUAAAUCUAGUGGAGAUUGACCAAUCCAUCACACUUCUUAAAAGGCUUACUAUCUUGAACCUGAAAUGUUGCAUUGGUCUACAAAAUCUUCCAACAAGCAUGGGUAGUUUGAAAUCUCUCAAAGUUCUAAACCUUGAAGGUUGUGUAAGCCUUACCAACUUACCAGAGGACUUGGGGCUUCUAAAUAGUUUAGAGAAGCUUAAUUUGGGAGGCAUUUCUAUAGAAGGCAGGUAUCUACCAUCUUGGAGCGGAGGGCGACAAUGCAACAAUUUGAUGAAUACCAUUGUUGGAAAAGGUUUCUCAUCGUCAGCUGGUUUUUUCUCUUUGAAAAGGUUGGUACUAAGCAGCUGUGGUCUUGGGAAUGAAGCGUUUCCUGAAAAUUUUGGCUGCUUAGUUUCUUUACGACAUUUAAACCUCAGCAAUAAUGAUUUUUCUCGCCUACCUGUCAGUUUCAAUAAACUAUCCAAGCUUCAUACUAUGAAUUUAGGCUACUGUAGAAAUCUAGAAUUGUUGGGGCCAGAGCUUCCUCCUGAUCUACGAUGGAUAGGCCUUAGUUGCUCUGUAUCAUUGGACGGGUUUCUUGAUGCAUUAAUGAACGACCAAUGCAACAUGGCGUGCUCUGUAAUUUGCGAGGGAUGCUUGAAAUUGGCAACAAGGCAGAGCAGCGAAAGGACAACAUUUACAUUACUGAAAAGGUACCUUCAGAAACGCCCCCGCUACGUAUUUAACUUUGUUCUUCCUGGAAAUGAAAUUCCAUCUUGGUUCACUCGUAAAAGUUUCAAGCCCUCCAUAACUUUACAACUAGAUCCGAAUUGGUUCAACAGUAAGUGGAUGGGUUUCACUGUUUGUUCAUGCUUUCGUACACCAAGCCCAUCUUUUGGGUAUGCUGUAAAGAUUGAAGAAUUGAACUGUGGACUUGGUCGAAGAUGCACUUAUGAAAAAAAGGUGGUCUCAGCGGUGGAUUUCCCGAUGGAUCACCUUUGGAUAAUGUAUUGGCCUCGUAGAUUGAUCACAUCCGAUAUCCUACCCAAUAUCCCAGUCGAUCAAGAGUGGGGAAACAACUGCAGUCGGCUUACGUUUUCAUUUAAAACAUAUGACUUGGAUGGUAAAACACAUACAGACAAGUACAUUAGAUCGUGUGGUGUCCAUUUGGUGUAUAAGCAAGACAUAGAAGAUAUGAACCCAGUUUUCAGCGACGGCAUCGAAUAUCCUUUUGAAGGAUGA